AUGUCGCCUCAGAAGUAUCAACUUCUGGGUAGGGAUGCCGAGAAGGGGGACAGCGCAUACCCCCAUCCACCAGGUCACUUGAGCUCUUCGACAGGCAGCGCGGCCAGAUCAUCAGGAACCAUCCUGAUAGGUCUAGGUGUCAUUGGUGCUUUCUUUUCAGGGGUGAUUUUCACACUGGUAAUGAUUGAUAUUAAGUCAAAUUACUACGGGAUGGGCCAGUACGAGACUGGGGUUCGAGAAGAAAAGCUCUUGCCUGCGGACUCAAUUCAGCUAGAACAAGUUCGCUUCAAAUCAGCAAUCGAUUUCGAAGAGAACGGUCGCGAGUUCCUGGUUACGGAUCCCGCGGACAAAGCUUACGUCGGAGCCACGACGAAAGGCAUAGACCAUGCUUGGGAGGAAAUGUUAUGGGGCAGAUACUUCUCGAUAUCUGAAUCGGAAGCGAAAAGCCUCUGGGGCGACGAUUACAAAGACUACCGGGACCACCACAGAUCCGGCUACACUGGAGGAUUCGACAUGUUUCAUCAGCUCCACUGCCUCAAUCAAAUAAGGCAAGCAUUGCACCGCGACGUCUACCCAGCCCUCCCCAUCCAUGGGCCAACACACACGGAACACUGUAUAGACCAUCUGCGUCAAUCUAUCAUGUGCUGGGGCAGCACGGCCGUCAUCCCGUUGAAGUACUUCGAAGGCUAUCACAGCGAAUACGUGAAAACCGACGCGGUUCACACAUGUCGGAAGUUCGAGCCCAUUCGACAGUACGUGUCGGACAGGUUUAACGGCAGCCUGUUUGUUCCGAGGCCAAGUGGACACAUUGAUCGUGAGAGCAAUGCGUUUUGA